ACUAACUGCUCAUCUCACUCGACCUUUCACUAUUUGUUUGGUGGGGUGAGGAGACAAGAACUACCAAAAAGUUACACACUUUGGGCCUACAAUAGUAUAAAAGUGUUUUUCGUUUACCUCCCUCGUUCCCUUAGAACUCCUGAAAUCUGCCCAAAUUUGCUGCUUUAAAACAUCUGUUUUAUUUCCCACUUUUGCUUGGGGGGCUGAUUUUUAAAUAUAUAAAUCAUGCUUCGGUUCCCAAGAAUCAUCCAAGCAGUCUCUCAGAAACUUCGCUCAGGAAUAAUUCUAGACGUUCAGACCACGACUGCUACCACCUGGAUCCAAGCAGCUAGUUACAAAAGCCAUCUCAGUAUCGACAAGGUUUACCCGCACAGUGAUGCUGAUUUCCUUAGACAGAAGGAUAGCAAGGAAUCACAGGGAAAUGCUGACCAGUUUUCAGGAUAUAUUCCUGUUGAUCAGUUGAAGAUCACAACUUCAAAGAGCAGUGGUCCAGGUGGACAGAACGUGAACAAAGUGAACAGUAAAGUAGAGAUUCGCUUUCAUGUGGAUUCAGCUUCAUGGAUCCCUGACUGGGUCAAGGCCAGAUUAACUGAGCAGGAACAAGGUCGAAUCACCAAAGAUGGCUACUUUGUUGUGCGAUCGGAUGCCACACGCAAACAGAUGCUCAACCAAGCAGACUGCAUGGACAAGCUGAGGACAUUUGUCUUCAGGGCAGCCACACUACCAAAAGAGCCUAGUGCAGAUGACCUCAAAGUCAAAGAGGAGAGAUUAUCUAAAGCUAAAGCUGGUGUGCUGAGAGAAAAGCGAGAAAGAUCACUCAUCAAACGAAACAGAUCAGCCCCAGAUAUGUGACCCGCGGUAGUUAAUAGACAAUGAGUGUUGUUAUGUUUGUCUUCUUCACAUUCAUUCUUUUUCAUCCCGAGCAUUGUUAAAUAAUGAAGAAGUCAUAUUUUUGCAGAAUGCUUUAGGUUCAGUGUGUUUGAAAAGUCUGACUUGUUUGCCUGCAUUUUGGAAUAUUUAUAAAAAUUCAAUGAUUUUCGGUACAAAACACACAAGCUUGAGAGAAGAUGAAAUAGUUGUUUUGACUAUUACUUUGCUCAUCUUCUACUGCUUUAUUAGUUAUGAAUACUGACUGCUAAGUAAAAGUAUUGAAAGGGGUGGAGUGACUCUCGAAAUUGACUGGUGUUUUUUUUUUCAUUUUUCUCUUGUUAAAGCAUUUAGUCAGCCACUUGCUGUGUUGAUAAAUUUAUGUUUAGAAAACUCUUUGGAUCAAGCCAGUAUGGAUUGUUUACAAGUUGUGGUUCUCUGAUUGUGUAUGUAAGUAUGAGAAUAUGUUGGUUUCUGGUGAAAGUCUACAUUUUUUUUACUGAUCUUGUAGACAAUUACCGAAACCUUGUGUGAAAUUACUGCUCUAUUUCUUAGAUGUCUUUUGUGAGUGGGAUAGGAUUUGGGUUUUUUUGUUUGUUUGUUAAUGUUGUUUGAUAGCAGAAGACUGAAAUGGAAUGCGCAGUUAAUAAAUGAUUUAUAUCAUAAUAU